UAUUAAAGAGGGCUACUUCUGCUCAACUAGCUGUCCUGCAUGCAACGCUCCACUGUGUAUCUGUGCUAGUUUUUGCACAAGUAGAAAGGCCAAAGAAUUUGCGACAGCAAAUAAACAAACAGACACCUGGAUAUUGCCGUACAUUGAGAGCGAUGUGCAUGCGAAUAAAAUGUUUUCUUCGUUAAUUUUGAGCAAUGUUAAUUAACGGAUAAUCGUUUUGCCAGAUCAGUUGAUACUGAGCACCUCACCACCGCUUUGAAGGACAGUCACCGUAUUUGUAGGCAUCAAAGUCUGAUGAUGGCUUAAGCGGAGACAGUGGGGUAGAAGAAUGAUGAACUGAGCCGGGAACUUCAGUGCGGAAGAAGUCCAUUGUCUGUCUUCUUCUUUGAGUGUCUGGGACAAUGAAGAUGACGGUCAACAUGAACUUGUCCUCCAAAUGCUGUGCCUCAUCAACAUGCUGGAGCUGAAAACUGAAAGCCUGUUACGUCUUUGAUGAGAGAAGAAGUGGGCACCUUGAGCCCAGCAGAUGGAUAGGUCAAGACAGGCUCCCAGUAUAGAUCUGCUGCUUUGGAAUUACUUGAAAUAAGCAAACAAGGCUUGUUGUUGUUGUUGUCAUCAUCGUCUUCUCCCAUGGCUGGCGCAUACGCUGGGGCUCACACAGUCCCCACCUGGAGCUGCCCCCAGUCUGCUGAGCUGUGAGAGCGUGGCUGCCACAACACAGAGCACACCGCAGUACAGACCCGUCAGUGAUCGGCCGGCAUGGCUGUGUUAUGGUGCAGCACUGGACUGAGCAGAUCCUUGUAGCCCACCUGUAGCCUCCCACCCCACCCCGCCAACCCCCCUCCCCCAGCCCCAUGCCAGAUUUUCUCUAAAUUAUGGAAAUUUUGUGGAAGACGCUGACUUGGAUAUUGAGCCUAGCAAUGGCCGCUUCAGAAUCUCAGAACUACAAUAGACUCUCGCAUAAUUCUCAAGAGGAGUUCCUGACUCGUCUGGAAGACUACCAGGUGAUAGUCCCGUUCCGGGUCAGCAAGACUGGCGAGUUCCUCAGCUACACUGUGAAGCAGCACCGGCCGGGCCGCCGGCGCCGUGGCACGGACCCGGAAGAACCCGUCGUGGAACCCCACGUCUAUUACCGCCUGUCGGCGUAUGGGAAGCACUUUCACCUUAACCUGACUCUAAACCCCAACCUGGUGUCAAGACACUUCACUGUGGAGUACUGGGGCAAGAGUGGACAGGAGUGGCGUCAUGCCAUGGUUGAGAACUGUCAUUAUGUUGGAUACCUACUGGACCAGUUCAGCACCACCAGGGUGGCUUUGAGCAACUGCAAGGGCUUGCAUGGUGUUAUUACAACAGAAGACGCGCAGUAUUUAAUUGAGCCAUUAAAGAGUAUAUCCUCCAACAAUUCCAGUGAAUUGAAUCUCGAAGAAGGACAACCACACAUUAUUUAUAAAAAGUCUUCCAUUCCAUCACCACAAGAGUCGAGUGAGGAGUUCAGCUGUGGCGUUUCAGACCUCACAUGGAGCAGGACCCCCUUCCCCGCCACCACCCACACAGCCGCUAACAACACCCCCCCUUCGCCAGAGCCCAGUGGUGGUGGCCGGCGGCCUAAGCGCUCGGUCAGCUCGGAGCGCUUUGUGGAAACGCUGGUGGUGGCCGACAAGAUGAUGGUGGGCUAUCACGGCCGCAAGGACAUCGAACACUACAUCCUCUCCGUAAUGAAUAUUGUUGCCAAACUUUACCGUGAUGCCAGUCUUGGAAACGUUGUGAACAUUAUUGUAACCCGGCUGAUCAUCCUGACUGAAGAUCAGCCAAACCUAGAGAUCAACCACCAUGCUGAUAAGUCUCUUGACAGCUUCUGUAAGUGGCAGAAGUCCAUCCUGUCUCACCAGGGAGAUGGGAACAGCAUUCCAGAAAAUGGCAUAGCUCACCAUGACAACGCUGUUCUUAUCACCAGGUAUGACAUCUGCACAUACAAGAACAAGCCCUGUGGAACCCUUGGCCUGGCCUCUGUGGCUGGCAUGUGCGAGCCAGAGAGAAGCUGCAGCAUCAACGAGGACAUCGGCUUGGGAUCCGCGUUCACCAUUGCCCACGAGAUCGGCCACAACUUCGGCAUGAACCACGAUGGCAUCGGCAACUCCUGCGGCACCAAGGGCCACGAGACGGCGAAGCUGAUGGCGGCCCACAUAACGGCCAACACCAACCCCUUCACCUGGUCAGCCUGCAGCAAGGACUACAUCACCAGCUUCCUGGACUCAGGUCGGGGGACUUGUCUGGACAACGAGCCUCUGAAGAGAGACUUUCUGUACCCCAGCGUCACCCCAGGCCAGGUGUACGACGCCGAUGAGCAGUGCCGCUUCCAGUAUGGCGCCACCUCCAGGCAGUGCAAGUAUGGGGAAGUGUGUAGAGAGCUGUGGUGUCUAAGCAGGAGUAACCGCUGUGUGACCAAUAGCAUUCCAGCCGCCGAAGGCACCUUAUGCCAGACGGGCAGCAUCGAGAAGGGGUGGUGCUACCAGGGCGACUGCGUGGCAUUCGGGACGUGGCCCCAGAGUGUGGACGGAGGCUGGGGCCCCUGGUCCAUGUGGGGGGAGUGCAGUCGGACGUGCGGAGGGGGCGUCUCCUCCUCCAUGCGACUCUGUGACAGCCCACCGCCCUCAGGAGGAGGGAAGUACUGUCUGGGGGAGAGGAAACGCUACAGAUCCUGUAACACUGACGCCUGUCCUGCAGGGUCUAGAGACUUCCGUGAGAAGCAGUGUGCCGACUUUGACAGCUUGCCCUUCCGUGGGAAGUACUACAACUGGAAGCCAUACACUGGAGGUGGGGUAAAGCCCUGUGCGCUGAACUGCCUGGCCGAAGGGUACAACUUCUACACGGAGCGCUCGCCAGCCGUCAUCGACGGCACACGCUGCCAGGCGGACACCCUGGACAUCUGCAUCAACGGCGAGUGCAAGCACGUGGGUUGUGACAACAUCCUGGGCUCCGACGCCAAAGAGGACAGGUGUCGUGUGUGUGGCGGCGACGGCAGCACCUGCGAGAUGACAGAAGGCCUGUUCAACAGCUCCCUCCCACGAGGUGGCUACAUGGAAGUCGUCCAGAUACCUAGGGGGUCCGUUCAUAUUGAAAUCAGAGAGGUGGCCAUAUCAAAAAACUACAUUGCUCUGAAGUCAGAGGGUGACGACUACUACAUAAACGGCGCCUGGACCAUCGAUUGGCCUCGCAAGUUUGACAUCGCCGGGACGGCCUUCCACUACAAGAGGCCUGCGGACGAGCCCGAGUCUCUCGAGGCGCUCGGCGCCACCACAGAGACGCUGGUUGUCAUGGUGCUUCUUCAGGAGCAGAACCUGGGCAUCCACUACCGCUUCAACGUGCCCAUCCAGCGCACGGGCAGCGGAGACAACGAGGUGGGCUUCUCCUGGCACCUCCUGCCGUGGUCAGAUUGCUCGGCCACCUGUGCCGGAGGCGUUCAGAAGCAGGAGGUGGUCUGUAAGCGGCUCGAUGAUGGCUCUGUGGUCCAGAACAGCUACUGCGACCUGGACAGCAAACCGCCAGAGAAGCAGAGGCCCUGCAACACAGAGCCAUGCCCACCUGAGUGGUAUAUUGGGGACUGGUCAGAGUGCACUAAGACGUGUGAUGGUGGCACGCGCUCCCGGACGGUCCUGUGCAUCCGGAGAAUCGGCCCAGCCGAGGAGGAGACGCUGGAGGACAGCCUCUGUCUCACCCACCGGCCAAUCGAACGCGAGUCCUGCAACAACCAGUCCUGCCCACCCCAGUGGGUGGCACUGGAUUGGUCAGAGUGUACACCCAAGUGUGGCCCUGGCUUCAAGCAUCGCAUCGUCCUGUGCAAGAGCAGUGACCUGACCAAGACAUUUCCUCCAGCCAUGUGCAUGGACCACAGCAAGCCCCCCGUGCGCAUGCGCUGCAGCCUUGGACGCUGCCCACCUCCUCGCUGGAUCCCUGGGGAGUGGGGACAGUGCUCAGCACAGUGUGGCCUAGGUCAGCAGAUGCGAGUGGUCCAGUGUCUGACGUACACGGGUCAGCAGUCCAGUGAAUGCCCUGAUAACCUGCGUCCUGCCACCAUGCAACAGUGCGAGAGCAAGUGUGAUGCAACACCCAUCUCCAACGGUGACGAGUGCAAAGACGUAAACAAGGUGGCAUACUGCCCACUGGUGCUGAAGUUCAAGUUCUGCAGCCGCGCGUACUUCAGACAGAUGUGCUGCAAGACUUGCCAAGGACACUGACCUACGCAAGGAGAGAGAGAGAAAGAGAGAGAGCGAGAGAGGAAGAAGAGAGAGGGAGAAGAGAUGGGGGGAAAGAGGCCAAAAUGGUGGGAAAGACUGAGAACGAGUCCAACUGUGGAGAAGAGGCAGAGUUUGGGGGAGGAAAGAACAAAAGACACUCUCUCUCUCUCUCUCUCUCUCUCUCUCUCUCUCUCUCUCCAUCUCUCUCCUCCUCCCUCGCUUCCUCCCUCUCUCACACACCUGCUCUCCAGCCCUGUGGAGCCCUGACCACUGCUCAGCACGCGCUGCUGACACAUCUGUUUUUAAGUUCACUUCCGUGAAGUGGGAGCAGAGACACUUAUCCUCGUUAAUGUUAUUUUUAUUAUAAUAAUAAUUAUAAUGAUUAUUUUCAUUUGCCUUUUUUUGUUUGUUUUGUUUUUGUUUUGUUUUGUUUUGUUUUGUUUUGUUUUGUUAAUCCAAAGUGCUGGACACAUCAGACCCACCGGAGGCACUGCAAGGAGAGGAGUGUGUGUGUGUGUGUGUGUGUGUGUGUGUGUGUGUGUGUGUGUGUGUGUGUGGGUGAGGGAGGGGUGCAGAGUGGUGAUGGAUGUGGGCUGGGGGUUGUCACAAGGUGGGGAAUGGCUGCUCGCUUCCCUUCUGGUGCUGUCCUGUUUCUGGGGGGAUUCCGCAGGGGUCACAUGCAUCAAGCUGGUGCUAUUGGCACACACAUAACACACACACGUAUGUGUGUGUGUGUGUGUGUGUGUGUGUGUCAGGGGUGAACGCCUUGAUGUGUGGAAGGACCCUGUUGUGUUAACUGCCCAGUGAGUCCGUGUGAAAACAUAUCUCCAGUGAGCCUGCGAAGCUGUUGUCUCUGACCUGGUGCAUUUUUUUUUAAUUCCACCAUUAGGAUGUCACACUACACAUUUGUUCUUCCUGUUGUUUAACUAUUCUGCUUGCUCCCGUUACGUGGUCAAAAAAAUGGAAACCGAGUCUUCUAUGACUCUAGAUGUUUGACCGGCCGAAACAAAAUGUCUACCUUUUUUUCUCGACUCCAUAGAGGAGGGUGGAUGUGGGAGCACAGAGACUGGUGCUUUGAGGUGUUUGUUUUUUUAAUCUGAGUAAGUAGUCAGUUGCUAUAGAUACAAACACACUGUACACACACAUACGUUCACCACAUCCUUCUGGUAAUGUCACUAGAUCACAGAGUAAACCACACACUCACUCUUAUGUAGAGACCGGGGCCAAAAGAACAGAUCUGUGUGUGUGUGUGUGUGUGUGUGUGUGUGUGUGUGUGUGUGUGUGUGUGUGUGUCUACGUGUGUGUGUUUGUAUGAGUGUGCAUAUUUGUAUGUGUGGGUGGAUCAUGGGGAAGGAAGAGAUGGAGUUUGUGUUUUGUGUACUUUUGUGUUGGGGGAGUGAAUAGGGGAAGGUGUGUGUGUGUGUGUGCGUCUGUGUUGUGCGGGUGUGUGUUGGAAGAACGUUUCCUCUGCUCUGAGGAUCCUCUUGAACAUUCUUCCCUGCACGGGGAAAAGGAUCCAAACAAACGCCUCAAGGAUCCAGAUGUUCUGGGCCACAGAAACACCUGUUUUACCCAGCAAGAGCAGACUCCCACUGCCUAAUGAGUCCCACCACCCUCACGGUGUCCAACCAAGCCUGGCAUCAGAUAUGGCAGCUCUGCAAGGGCUGAGGCUUCUGAGGGGAAACAGGGGGGUUUGCGGUCGUAUAAAUCUAAUGCUUCUGAGGCCUAAAAAUGCUUUCUGAAGCACAGGAUCCACAGUUGCAUUAUAUGCAGAUGACAACGUGUGUGUGUGUGUGUGUGUGUGUGUGUGUGUGUGUGUGU